UUCAUGUUUUUUUAAUUCUUCUUAAAGCGAACAAACAGAUCAAAUCUUUUGUGAUUUUGGUUUACCAAACAGAGUUAAACAUUCGACAAAUAUAGCUUGCUAAAAAAAAGAAAAAGAGCACUAUAAUAUAUUCUACUUACGUUAUUUAAUUUUCUGAAAGCAGAAUUAACUUUACAAGUGUGAAGAAAAAAAAAUAGAAAACUGCCUUGUCGGAUAGUAUGCCAGACAUUGUGGGGAUCGAUCUUGGAACGACAGCAUGUUGUGUAGCAAUUUGUAGGGCAGACGGAAGAGUGGAGGUCAUUGAAAACAAGCACGGAAAAGCUAUCACACCAUCCUAUGUGGCAUUCGGUGAGAGACAGAGAUUUGUUGGUGACGAAGCUAAAACUCAGCUGGAAUCAAAUGCUGAAAACACAAUAUAUGACGCAAAGCGGAUGAUUGGACGGAACUUUAAUGAUGCAAAUGUCCAGACUGGUAUGAAAUAUUGGAAGUUUAAGGCUAUUGAAAAAAAUGGCCUUCCAGAGUGUGAGGUGAUGUACUGUGGUAAACGAGAGAGUUUUACACCAGUUCAAGUAUCCACCAUGCUUCUAUCACAGCUGAAAAAGGACGCCGAAGAGUUUUUGAAGAGUCCAGUUCACGAUGCGGUCAUAACAGUUCCAGCCCAUUUUAACAAUGGACAGCGAGAAGCUACAAUUUUGGCCGCUAAAGUUGCAGGUUUAAAGGUUCAUCGCAUAAUUAACGAGCCAACUGCUGCAGUGCUGGCUCAUUCAAAGGAGCACAAUUUUAAGACCGGAAACAAAAAAGUUCUAGUAUAUGACCUGGGAGGUGGAACGUUCGACAUCACUAUUGCAGAAUGUCAAGAUGCCGUUUUGGAAGUGAUUUCAACUUCUGGUGAUUCGUUCUUGGGAGGUCGUGAUUUUGAUAAAAAUUUGUUUGAUUUAGUUGCACCGGAAGUAGAAAAAGCUUGUGGAACAGGUUUCGAAAACGACAACCGAGCGUCUAUGCGGCUGUUGCAAGCAUGCAAUAUAGCCAAAAAUGAACUCUCUUCCUACACAACGUCAACCAUUUCCCUUGAAAAUUUCUUUAACGGGAAAAAUUUCUCUACAACGGUGAGCAGAGUUCGAUUUGAAAAGAAGAACGAGCAUCUGUUCAAAAAAACAUUGGAUUACAUUCAAGCAGCACUCAAUGAAGCAAAACUGAAGAAAGAAGAUAUAGAUGAAGUUCUACUGGUAGGCGGAUCCACCAGGAUCUGUAGAAUCCAAAACUUAUUGAAAGAGUUUUUUACGGAUGACAAAGUAAUAAAUUCAAGAACACCAGAAGAAACUGUCGCCCGUGGUGCUGCAAUUCAGGCCAGUUUAGUCAGCAUGAAUCACCCGCCUGAGAUGAUGGCUGUCGUUUUAAUCGAUGUUUGCUCGCUUUCUCUCGGAGUUCAAACGAAAGACGAUAAGAUUUCUUUCAUCAUCAAACGUAACAGACCAAUUCCUUGUAGCGAAUCUAAGGAGUAUGUAACUACCGUUGAUUAUCAGAAAAACAUUGAGUUACAUAUUUACGAAGGCGAGCGGCCUAUUGCCUCUGAAAAUUUCAAACUAGAUUCAUUUAAAUUAGAUGGAAUAACACCUGGAUUGAAAGGGCAAUUCAAAUAUGUUGUCACGUUCACUAUAGAUGUGAAUGGAAUUCUGAACGUGAAAGCAGAAGAACGCUGUUCAGGAAAAAGCGAAGAGAUCAAUAUAACGCGCGAGAGGCGCGCUCCCGAAGAUGUUCAGACUAUGAUUGCAGACGAGAAAAAAUUUGAAGCCCAAGACAGAAAAGAGCUACGAAGAUUGAAACUUAAAAAAGAACUUGAAGAUUACUUGUAUCAGUUGGGAAGAAAAAACAAACUUGAGAACUCAACACUGUCCCAAGAAAUCUCAAACACUAUGAAAUGGCUCAAUGACAAAUCAAUUACAGAACAGGAAAUCAGGAUGAAAUUUGAUGCCAUCAGAAAUGUUUAUAACUAAAGUUCAGAAAAAUGAUGUUAUCUACUGUGUAAAUAAAUCUGAUCCAAAAUUUUAACUAUAAGUGCGAUUGUUUUCUAACAAAAAUCAUAACUAAUUCACUGAUAUGUAUCUGCCAUCUUCAAGCUACUAUACUAACCCAAUUGUCAAAGUAAACUUCAUUUUGAUAGAUAUAAUGAAAUCACAGGAAAUUUCUAGAUUAUUCUGUAUGUUAUUCGAGUUGAACGCAAAAGUAUUAUAGCAAAAAGAAAACUGAAGCUUAUAGAAAUAAAGCAGAAAUGAACAGAAGAAUGAAAAAUGCCUGUAGAAAAAAUAAGAUUUGAAUGAAAUCAGUAUAUGAUUAUAGAAGCUUUUGAAGUCUGUAUAAAACCGAUUAUAGUAUAAAAACUGAUGAUGUAUGAGAAAAUAAGGAAACCCAAAAAAGUGCUUUUAUUUGAUUCCUUUUUUGCCCAGGAACUAUGAAGAGAGUAGAAAGACUGACUUAUUAUUCAUCUCCUAUAAAAUUUGUGCAAGUUUUGUUGCGAGUGCUGCUUGUUUUCCAGAGAAAAAAGACAAAGAAAUACGCAAAGAUUUGUCUUUUCU